AUGCCACAGGCAGGAGUGUCGGGUGACGUGAUGGCGACAGCAAUUUCCUCCUCGAGUGGUCGCGGUAACGGUGGUCUAUCGGAGCUCCUAACCUGCUUCUGCGUCGCUGUUCUUGGCGCUUUAGCCGCAACUCUCGCCCAAUUCGUCGCGGAAACCUUCCUCUACCACCUGCUCACACUGCUGGAGCGCCGACUCCCAUCUCUCGGCGUGCGCCGAAUCAUCCCCAACGUGCCCUUCCGCCUCACGCACUUCACCCGUCAGAACUUCCUCGCUGUCUUCGUCUCCCACCUCCCACUCUUCCUCCUCGUUGGGUUCCUCCGGGAGGGUAUCGUCGCACGCGCUGAGCUGGUGUUUCCUCCGCGCGUGUUGCCUACAUGGGCGUUGGCGUGGGGCAUCAUGGUGGCGCAUGAUGCGUGGUUCUUCUGGACACACUCGCUCAUGCACGUGAAUAAGACGCUGUACCGUGCGUUACAUGCCAUGCACCACCGCACCACCACUGAUCUCGGGGUUUUCUCCACCUCCAAUGCUGAUCCCUUCGAGUUCCUGCUAGAUUGGUCGGCCUUCUACAUGCUCUUUGUCCUCCUCCUCCACUCCCUGCCCUCCUGGCGUCCCCUGGAGCUAGCCCUAGCUCUCAUCCCAGUGGGCAUGGUCAACACCAUGGGCCACUGCGCCUACCAUCUUCCCGCCUUGGUCUUUGUGCCUCUCUCCUAUGGCAUCCUCCUCACUCCCGGGGCUCAGCGCCCCACCACUCACUUCCUCCACCACCUGGAUCCUCGCUAUAAUCGGUCCCUGUAUUUCACUUGGUGGGACCAGAUGGUGGGGACGUUCAAGGAUGGGGAUGAGGAGUUUCGUGCGAGGAAAUGCAGGCACGAUGGGAGGAAGGGAGUAGCUGGUUGUGUAGGGGUAUGCUUCGAAAGAAAAGCAACUGUACCAUCUGAUUCAGGAAAACAAGGAUUUCCAUGA